ACAACAGAUGAAUAACUAUUCUCGUGCUCUUAAAUUAUCUCAAGAACUGAUGAUCAUAGUCAUAAUCCGUAACGCGUGCACGAAUAAAUAUCUAUUUAUGAACUCUUUGAUUGUGAAAUCUGGAUCAGUUUCACAACCUGCUAUUAAUUUAAUCCACUUAUUUUUUAAUCGUAAUUGAGCAAUAUUAUUUAUCGUUAAGUAGAAUUGAUGAGAAAUAAUUAAUCACGAUUGACACUUAAGUGAUUAAUUAAGUUAAUCGGUAAUUGGGAAACUAGUUCUGAGUGGGGAAGGUGUUAUAAAAUCAUUACCAAGUAAACAAUAUUCGCAUUUCAAUAAUAACUUUACUAUACAGUAAAUUUAGUGCAGUAUUUUGUUAUCGAAAUAAUGUUGUACAUUACUGUUAUACUGACUUUAAUUUGUAUUAUAAUAAUCAAUUUUCUUUGGAAUUAUUUGUUUUCUUCUCGAACAGUGAAACUGCUACCCGGUCCAUCACGACUCCCACUUAUCGGCACAUAUGCUUUUCUACAACCAAAACCCAAAGGCUUGUUGAACUUUAUGAUUCAGCUUUGCGAAAAUUAUUCAUCUCCUUUCCAAAUGUGGAUAAGUCAAAAGUUAAUCGUGACAAUAUAUGAUCCAUAUCAAGUAAAGGAACCAAAUACGCGAACAUAGCACUAAAAACCAUACUGGCAUCGUUAAUAAGAACUUUUAAGUUUGAAGUGAAUCGAAACGUUGAGAUAGAGAAAAUGGAAUUAAUAUCAGAUACGGCAUUAUCUACGUUAGAACCAUUAAGAGUUAAAAUUAAAAAACGAAAUCUAUUAUAAUAAUGUAUAAAAAUGUUAUAUGUAAGAAAACAUUUUGUAUAACAAUAUUAUCGAAACUUUUUGCUUUUCAUUUUAUCACAACUUUUAUAAAGAUAUAAAAUCCUUUACGGAAAAAUAUUAUUGGACUCGCGAAAAACUAUUGGAAAACUAAUGGAAACUAUUGGAAAACCAUUGAAAAACCAAUUUACUUCUAAUAUUAUUUAUCACUAGGUUAAAAGUUUCUUAGCUAAUCCAAUAAAACUUUUUCGUAAAUGAUAUUAUAAUUUAAAAAAUAUUAUGAUUAAGAUAUAAAUAUGCAACAUAUAUUAUUAUAAUUUAUGUAUUGCAUCAACCUAAUAAUAAUAUAAUUUUUCAAAAAUGUAAUGUAAAUCUAUUUAAUACCAUAUUAAGUUUUUCAUUUGUUCUUUUUUCUUACUUGUAAUUAUCAAUUGUAAAAAUCUUCAUACAUUAAAAUUCAGCAAAAUGUGUUUAAAAGAA